CCCACAGCCGUCUUUCGAGUCGUCUCCUGAAGGAAUCCCGCUUUGGGAAUAACCCGAGGGCGGUGGCUGCGCGGGUCCCACCCGCCGGGAGGAGCCGCUCGCUCAUCCCCGAUCCCCGCCGGAUCCCGCAUCCCGCAUCCUGCGCGCGCCCCGCCCCGCGCACGCGCCCGGCGCGCUCCCGGUGCCGCGGCGGAGGAGGAGGAGGAAGGAGGAGGAGGAGGAGGAAGAAGGAGAGCAGGAAAAGCGGGAGCGAUGGACAGCGCCGGCAAGGAGCGGGAGGCCGUGCAGCUCAUGGCGGAGGCCGAGAAGCGGGUCAAGGGCUCGCACUCCUUCCUGCGGGGGCUCUUCGGGGGCAACACUCGGGUGGAGGAGGCCUGUGAGAUGUACACCAGGGCUGCCAACAUGUUCAAGAUCGCCAAAAACUGGAGUGCGGCAGGAAAUGCCUUUUGCCAGGCAGCCAAGCUGCACAUGCAGCUCCAGAGCAAGCACGACUCAGCCACCAGCUUUGUGGACGCCGGGAACGCCUACAAGAAAGCAGAUCCGCAAGAGGCCAUCAACUGCUUAAACGCAGCCAUCGAUAUCUACACGGACAUGGGCCGCUUCACCAUCGCUGCCAAGCACCACAUCACCAUCGCUGAGAUCUACGAGGCCGAGCUGGUGGACAUCGAGAAGGCCAUCGCACACUACGAGCAGGCUGCGGAUUACUACAAGGGGGAGGAAUCCAACAGCUCAGCCAACAAGUGUCUGCUGAAGGUGGCGGCCUACGCGGCGCAGCUGGAGCAGUACCAGAAAGCCAUCGAGAUCUACGAGCAGGUGGGAACAAACACGAUGGAUAACCCUUUGCUCAAGUACAGCGCCAAAGAAUAUUUCUUCAAAGCUGCCCUGUGCCACUUCAUCGUGGAUGAGCUGAAUGCCAAGCUUGCGCUGGAGAAAUAUGAAGAAAUGUUCCCGGCUUUCACAGAUUCCCGGGAAUGCAAGCUAUUGAAAAAACUGCUGGAAGCUCAUGAGGAGCAGAACAGCGAGGCCUACACCGAGGCUGUGAAGGAAUUCGACUCCAUCUCGCGGCUGGAUCAGUGGCUCACCACGAUGCUGCUGCGCAUCAAGAAAACCAUCCAGGGCGAGGGCGACGGCGACCUCAAGUGACGCCCGCGGGCCCUUCCCGCCUCCAGCCGAGGACUUUUCGGGAAUUCCCGACCCAUUCCUGCGCUUUCUUUCGUCGCUUCCCACUCCCAUGGCUCACUGUGUUUCUUUAGCCCCCGCUCUGUGGUGACGCUCCGGGCGGAUGCCAGGCGGGAGAAGCCCUUGGAGCGGAAUUCCUCCUUCUCCUCCUCGGGUUUGGUCCCGCUCAUCCCGGUGCCUGCACUCGCAGCUCCCAGUUUUCCUGCUGUUCCGUUGAUUCCAGCAUGUAAAUAUUCCAUCCAGGCCAGCACAGUACCAAUAAGCGCUUCCAGCCCGUUGUGUUCCCAUUUUCCCGUUCUCAAGUGUUGGAUACACUUGGAUUUGGGGGUCUGGAAGUGGUGCUAGGCAGAGGCUCUGGGAAUUGGGAAUAUCCCACACACCCUCACCACGCCGUAGGCAUUCCAGGAGCCUAGGAUCGGUGUCGGCCCUAGGUCCUAGUUGGUUUCCAUCUUUCUUGGAUUGAUUUUCCACUUCAGUUCGUGGUGCAUCCCAUCCCUCCACUUCCAAAUAAUUCCACCUGAGGGAGGAUCUAUUUUUUUACCUCACCCUCUGCGUGUGCCGGGCACAAUCCCUAAAUUCCGACCCCUCGGCUGCACGCAGGUGUUGAUCCCACAGGAGCCUUGUUGGAAUUCGGGUGGCAGGGGGGCACAGUUUGCUUGGGAAAAGUUAAAAAAUCCCUGCAGGAAUCGGUGGGUACGUUUUUUAAGGAGAGAGGAGUGAGCUGCCUGGUUUUUCAAGGAUGCGUCGGAGACGUCGGGAGCUUGUGCAAUUUGUCACUCUUUGGGAAGAGUGCAGUCAUUAAUAAGGGCUGUUCUGGAGGCUCCAGGCAGUCCCAGCCCCUCUUUCCUCUGGAAAAAGUCAGCUUGGAAUGUUGGGCUUUGGUUAGAGCUUGGCUCGUUGGGCUCUAAAUUUCUGAAAACCAAAAAUCCCGAUCCAUGCCAAAUUCUCCUUGGUUUGGUGUUUUCCCACCCUUCCCGAUCUCUGUUUCCCACAGGUCCUUGUGUUCAUCCCAAAUAUCCCAACCAGAUGGAAAAACCCGGGCUUGGGAGGCAGUGGCGGGGAUCUCCCAGCUCCAGGCUUGGAAGCACACGGAGUUCAUCCAUUCCCACCCUUAGGAAUGGCUUGAUCAGGCAUCCAGCACUGUGGGAGCCGGGAUGAGGGGAAGCACAGCUUGGGAGGCUCCACUUUUCCCGGUGUUUUUUGGGUUCUGUUGCCGUUCCCUGUGUCGGUGUUGUAGGACAGGAGGAGCAGGAGGGCUGUUACUCCAUCCCUACACCUGGUAGUUGUGUGUGAGUAGCUCCAGCAUGUCCUCUGCUGUAUCCAUGGUGAAUUGUGACGGUUCCCAGGUGACAAUUCCGCCACUCCCGCUGUAUUCCCGCCCCACCUCCAUCACUCUCUACUCGGAAAACUUAUUUAAGGAAAUGGCCUUAGCAAGAAUAUCAUGUUUGGUGUGACUCUGUACAUGAAUAAAGUGAAAAUCAUGGAUGGAA